AUGACUCCUGAGAAAGGUCCUUCAACCGGAGAUGCCACUUUGAGGAGAAGAAUCAAACCCUGGGAAUUUGAAAUCUUUUUUGACCCCAGAGAACUCCGUAAAGAGACCUGUCUGCUCUACGAAAUCAAGUGGGGUACAAGCCACAACCUCUGGCGAAACUCAUGCCAAAAUGCAACCAAACAUGCUGAAAUCAAUUUUAUAGAAAAAUUUACCUCAGAAAGACAUUUUAGCCCAUCUGUCAGCUGCUUCAUCAACUGGUUCUUGUCCUGGAGUCCCUGCUGGGAAUGUUCCAAUGCUAUUAGAAACUUUUUGAGGGAACACCCCAAUGUGACUCUGGUUAUUUAUGUAGCACGGCUUUUUCAUCACCAAGAUCAGCAAAACCGGCAAGGACUCAGGGACCUCAUUAUCAGUGGUGUAACUCUCCAGAUUAUGACAGUUUCAGAGUAUUGUCACUGCUGGAAGAAUUUUGUUGACUACCCACCUGGGGAAGAAGUUCUCUGGCCAAGAUACCCACCUCUGUGGAAGAUGUACGCUCUGGAACUCCAUUGUAUAAUUCUAAAUCUUCCAUCCUGUUUAAAAAUUUCAAGAUGUCAGCAUCAGCCAACACUUUUCAGCCUUGCUCUUAAAAAUUGCCAUUACCAAAUGAUUCCACCUCAUAUCCUUUUAGCUACUGGGUUGAUACAACCUUCCAUAACUUGGAGAUGA